AUGAAGGUUUUAUUCGCUUUAGCUGUCUUAUUAGCUGUCGCUUCUUGUUAAGUUUACCCCAUGAAUGUCGGUAAUGAAUGCUCUACUGCUUCUUGCUCUAGAAGCUACUGGUAUUUCAAUAACACCAAUUACAAUUAUACUUGCCCUAAGGCUGGAAACAGUAUGGCUAGAUUCAGAAGUGUUCAAGGAAACUACGUCUUAGAUUUUGUUGCCUACAAUGCCUUAGCUUCUGAUGCAGCAGUUACUAUUCCCCUCAUUUACAAUCCUAAUGCUAGUUAAAAUGGUCUCUAAUAUUACUCUGCUCUCUAAUAAGGUCACAAUUUUGCUAUCUUGAACUGCACCCUUGCUGCUGCUAGAUAAUACACUAAUCUCUGCUCUAAGCACGCUUUAGUUGGUGGUAAGAUUUACAACAACACUUUCCAAAAUGGAUGCGCCUUCGGUUUGGAUGCUCCCAGAUACGCUUUCUUACAAUAAGAAAUGCCCUUGGAAUUCGAAUCUUCAAUUUGA